CCGGGCGGCAGCAGCCUCGCGGCCCCGCCGACCUCGGGCGGGCCGAACGAGGUGCGCACGGUGCUGCUGUACAGCGUGCCCAUCGUGGCGCUGGUCAUCGAGGGCCAGGAGCGGCUCAGCCUGGCGCAGAUCUCCAACACGCUGCUCAAGGACUACUCCUACAACGAGAUCCACAACCGGCGCGUGGCGCUGGGCAUCACGUGCGUCCAGUGCACGCCCGUGCAGCUGGAGCUGCUGCGGCGCGCGGGCGCCAUGCCGGUGUCCUCGCGGCGCUGCGGCAUGAUCACCAAGCGCGAGGCCGAGCGGCUCUGCAAGUCCUUCCUGACGGACACGCCGCCGCCCAAGCUGCCCGAGAACUUCGCCUUCGACGUGGCCCACCAGUGCGCCUGGGGCUGCCGCGGCAACUUCGUGCCGGCCCGCUACAACUCGUCCCGGGCCAAGUGCAUCAAGUGCGCCUACUGCGCGCUCUUCUUCUCGCCCAACAAGUUCAUCUUCCACUCGCACCGGCUUCCGGACUCCAAGUACGUGCAACCGGACGCAGCAAACUUCAACUCCUGGCGGAGGCACAUCAAGCUCAAUGGGACUCCUCCGGAGGACGUCAGCUACGCCUGGGAGGACGUCAAGGCCAUGUUCAACGGCGGAAGCCGACGACGCGUUGCCGUCUCCUCCUCUUCUUCGUCCUCGGCAUCCAAGCGCCCGAGGAUGUCCGGUGGCGGCGGCGCCGGGGCGCAGGACAGGGACGCGGCCACCACCGCGGCUGCGUCGUCCAAGCCCUCGGCGGCGCCCCCGUACUUCCCGGUGCUGCCGCUGUCAAGCAGCGCCCCGAUGCCCGCGCUCUUCCCGCCGCCCCUGUUCUGCCUGGCCGGCAAACCGCUGUCUCCGAACACCGGCCUGCGGCCGUCCACUUUCGGCGACUACGUGUGGAUGGGCGCCAAGCAGUCCCUGUCGCUGCCGAGUCCCUACGCCGCCGCCGGCGUGCUCUGGCCCCCGACGCCGAGUCACAGGCUGCUGCCGCCGCCCCCGGACCCCGGGCCCUACUCGUCGCCGCUCUCCGAGGACCCCGCGGGAGCCCUGCUGCCGCCGCCACCGCCUCCCUCCACGCUGGCGUUGGGACUCGUGACUGCGGGGGCGGGUCAGGCCAUGGGCCCGGUUUCGUACACCUCGGCGUUCAGACCUGUUGCCGGUGGCGUCGCUCGCAUGUCCAAAUCUCCCACGUUACGCGCGGCGACCCCGACGUGCGACACAACCACGGACACGGGCCGCGUGGGUGCCGGCGCCGAAGACGCCGGCAGCGACUGCGGUCGCUCCGAGGACGACGAUGACUCGGACAGCUUCCACGGCGAGGUGGACGUCACCGACACCAGCAGCGAGGACGGGCUGUCUGGCGUCACCCGCGCGGCCGGAGUCGCCUGCGCUUCGGCGUCGGCAACGUCGGUCGGGGCGGCCGCGCUUCCCACGGACAGCGGCACUGGCGGCCACCGGAGCGGGUCGGAGUCGGCGGAACAGUCGUCGGAGCAGAGGGAGGCCCGCACGCCCGUGCCGGACACCAGCGACGCCGGGAGCGAGCCGUCGGCACCCAAUGCUAGGAGGAGGUCGCGGCAGGAGGAUGAAGAAGAGGAGAUGGCAAAACCAGUCACUGAACCAGAGAACACGGUCACGUCCGUGGUGCAGCUGAUCAAGGAGGAGUGCCGAAAACGUGAUUCCGUCAAAGCGACUGCGUCACCUUCGGAAACGCGUAGUCCUGAUGAUGUUUUAGAUCCUCGAAAUAUAUUUUCACUCAGUAAAGACGAGCUCCGAGAUGUCUUGCUCAAGGAGGCCGAAGGAAGGAAGAAAGCAGAACGAGAGUUUCACCUGAUGAGAGAAACGUUCGAAGAGCAAGUGCAGAAAGAAAUCGCGUACCGCGAAGAGCUCGCCAAGCAGCUGCAGGUUGUUCGAGAUGCCUUGUGCCAAGAGCUUGAUCAAGAACGGAAGGCCAGGUUUGCGGUCCAAGCAAAGCUAAAAGAAGUCUCACUACAUUAUCAACAGAUCCAGCAGAGAAGCAUUCUCGCCGAGAGCCACGACACGAUGCACCACUUCGCCUGCAAGAUCCUGGGCCCCAGACACUGUGCCGAGUGCAACUACAAGCCCGAGUGAGAAGGCGCGGAUCCAGAAAAGAGCGCGUCUGGCCGUAACGUGAAAUCGAGCACCACGGAGAGGAGGGAAGCCAAGCCCGCAGAAGCCGUCUCGCACGACCUCAUCGCGACAGAGCUGCAACGAUGAAGCGUAACUACGGGACAAUUCAAGCCGCAACAAGCUGUGGAAAGGCAACGAAAACGCUAUGUUCGAAAGGCUGAAUUCGUGUUUGUAUUUUUUUUUUUACUUGUGGCAUUUGAAAAGAGUUAUGUAAGUUCAUUUACUUAAAUACCGUCGGGCGACGUGCUUCUGGCCACUUCAUCGAGAGGUUUCUUUUUUAUUAGUACUAUUAUUAUUUUAUAGUAAUGAUCAAAGCAUAUUUGAUUGGUGCCCACCAAAUUACAGUGUUCUGAGCCUGAAUUUUGGCUCAAGUUCGGCGAACGCAACAAAGAAUUCUCUAGUUUCUUUCAGAAUCGCUUGUAAGAGUCAAGUCUACGUACUUUCUGUUUGGUGCAACUUUCAACCCACACCCCGACAGAAUAUUUCACAAGAAAUCUAGACAUUGCGUUUAUAGACGAUUACUUAGAAGAAGUCAAAAAUCGAAUACUAAUUAACCAUUUACCUAAAAGCAGACAUCUAAAUUCCUAGUAAACAAGAUAUUACCAUGAGACGUUAGCCAGUCAGUUUUCCAAAAAAUCGGGAGUACCUUACAGAAUGAAGAGAAUGAUCAACGAAUCGUACCCGCAAACAUGACAGAAACGCCUUGUUCAUCACAAUAGAAAACUCAAUAUUGUUCUACAGCGCUGGAAAAACAAACACAUAUGUCAAAAAGAAUGACCGUUAGACUACGCCUGGGUCGUCAGAACUUGUUUAUGUCAUCUUUGCGAUUGAAGUCGGUUAGAAGUACUACACCGAGUGGGAUUCCGCUCUUACUUGAACAGAAGUUUCUAGGUGGUGUCAUUUAUGUAUCGAGUUCAAGCGACAUCGCUUCCCUCUCUCCUUACUCCGCUGUCGACGUUUGAAUUCUAGAUUUCGUUUUGCAGAAUCACCACACGCUGAGAAACUUCACAAACAAGAUGGCAUUCUAAGUGGCAGCCGUUUUGAAUCAUCCCGUUGUGGCACUAAACCUCGGCGAGCAACAACGUGAAGAAACGUUCGAACGAAAUACACGUAUAAGGCAUGGGGUCAGACUCCGUUGAUUUUACUAUGCAUGAAAACAACUGCGACUAGCUUGGGUUCGAGGCUUCGCCAGCCAUUUUGUGGAUAAAGCUCUGC